AGCGUCGAAAAUGGCGGAAUCACUAAGAAGACUUGUGAACAUUGCUUCCUUUAGCAUUUUGCAGGAGAAAUUGGAGAGAUGGCUAGAUGAUUAUCAUGUGAACUCCUGUGACCAAAAUGUUGCCCGGUGCUGCGAGAUCAUAGAACUCAAUGCCAAGGUCCAGGGGCAGAUUUUCAAACUGCUCAGUCUCUGUGCAUCUGAAGGUGGAAUGUAUGGCGGUGCCGGUGCCAUCAAAUCCCGUCUUCUUCCAUGGCUUGGACAGAGCUUUUUUGCCUCUGGGGGCAGCGUGACAGCAGAUACUAGUCUCAGUGUUCUGGCCGAGGCUGCGUCCAAGGAUCGUGAAAUUAACGAGCUCCAAGACCAGUAUGAACGAUCCAUUGUUGACCUGGAGGAUAAUCUGAGGGUGACCAACAUUGAGAAUGAUAACCUUAGAACUGAUCUUGCUGAGGCCCAGGAUGAACUUGACCGCACCAAGCGUGAAUCCACCAGUGAGAAGAUGUUCAAUGAGUCAGAGAUCAGAGACCUGAGGAACAAGCUAGCCCUGGCUGAGGACGAAAACCGCAACCUUCGUGAGAAAAGUGGCCUCCUAGAUGAUUACGAACGCCAACUUCGAAUCCUGCGUGAAGAGAUCGCCAUUCUUACUGGCGAAAGGAACUCUGUUCUCAAACACAGAAGCCAUGUUCCACUCUAUCAACACACACACUCUUCUACCCAAAGCAUUGUCAAUGGCGACAUGUCUGAUACUUACCGCUCACUGCCACGCGUAAGCUCACCUCUGUCUCCUGAUGAUGUCACACAGCGUGUGCGACAGCAGAACCUGAUUACGCGUUUCAACGACAUGUUUGCACAGGAUCGCCUGGACGCAAUGGAUAUCUUACGACGUUACUCAGAUGACCACGAGAACAACCAGCGAAUUGUGUUUGCUGCUUUGGUGGAAGCCUUCGCUAGUGCCAAACUGGCUUUCCGCCAGUUCAAGCUGAAGGUCCGUUCUAACCUGGCUGCCACCCAUGUUGGUCCUGAUACUCUAGAAGAGGCUGUACAAGAUUACAUCAACAGAAACACUGAUCUCUAUGACCUCCCAAGCCUACAGGCUGAUGUUGUGAGGGCUUUGAACCGUAACAUCAAAAUCUUCCUGCCAGCCGAUAUUUCCUACAAUAUUAUCGGCACGUUCAUCCGUGAAGCGUGCAAGCUGGCCUGGCAGAUGAGCGCUCUGGCACACCCACUGGACAUUGCUGUCUCCUCUGACGCUGAACUUUUUGAUGACUACAAGUAUCGUCGCAGUUACGACUCCGAGUACACAGCUCCGCUGGUAAACCACCACAUCUGGGCAUGUCUGCAACAGGGCACCAAGGUCAUCGUGAAGGGAGAGGCUUGCACCAGAAGAGGAGCAUCACUGGGUUCACCAAGGCGCAGCAGAAGCCCCACACGUUCCAUGAGCCCUACUCGCUCCUACAGCCCCUCAAGAGCUCGCAGCCGCUCCCCCAGUCCUAGAAGAAUUGGAAGUCCCAUGGAUCUCAACUCCUCACUAAGUGCCUCUUUCAGUGGACGGUCCAGCCCUUCAGCGCGCCCAGGGUCCAGCCAUGGCUCAACAAGACACUAUACCUCAUCUAUAGCUCCAUCUCAUGUGUCAGAUGCUUAUUAAGUCUAAAGUUCUAAAAGAAAAGAGAUAUAAUAAUCUUUUUAAAAGAUGGGGAAUAGAUGAAUACGUUUUCUCUUGGAGCUGAUUUUUAUUACAUUUCAUAGAGAUGAUUGUUUUGGACUAGAGAAUUUAUGUUGAAAUAUUCAGUAUGAUGACUGCCGGAGCAAUAUCUGUGUUUUCAAUUAUGCGAAUAUUGUCAAACUUCUUAUGGAAACAUAACACUGGUUUUGUGACAUUUUGGUUUAAUCUGAAAUAUGUAUGUCAGUGAAAUUCUCAUGUGGUGUCAAAUAGGGAGUCAUUCGAGCCGACAUUACAUAUGACAUCACUUGUAGGGACUAGUAAUGUAGAGCAAUAUAGAAAAAAAAUCAAAAACUUUUUUCUAAUUUUUUUCUUUUUUAAUUCUGUAUCAAAUCUUAACAUGGAUAAGACAACACAAUCAAGUUGAUGAAAUUUUGAUGUGUCUUGCAGCUUUGCGUGACUAAGUAUAAUUUUUCACUUACACUAUCAUAGAUUCUAUAAAAAAUUAAUAUCCAAAAUUACAGUGAAUGAAAAAUGAACCAGCUUUAAGCUGUCACAAAAAUAACAGUGCUUAGCAAUUUCUAGGAGUGGAAAAGUAGUUGUUUGUCUAUCUGUGUAUACUAACCAUGUCUUUCACAUGUGUUUCUAGUUUUAGGUAGAAGAUAUUAUGCUUGCUAGCCUAUUGAUGUCAAAAGUAUGUCACCUUGGUCACCUGUCACCUGUCACCAGCACCUUCACUGUUUGUUUAUCAAUAAAUUACUUAUGUUAUGUGAAUCCUUUAAUCCUUUUGUGUUUCAGAGCACCAGUGGUUAGAUUUGCCUUUGUUGUGUGGCUGUUUGCACUAGUCAUAACUGUUUUUUUUAUGCAUAUAUAUAUAUUUAUUUUAACACAAUAGACAGUUUUUGUGUAAUGUUAUGAAUAUUAGGCACUGAAGACAAGUUGCUGUGUGAAAUUUAAGCUUCUAAAUGUUUUAUAAUACCUCAAGUGACUUAAAAUUGCAAUUAAUGGAGCUUUGCUAUUGUUUUUGAACCUGUGGAUGUGAUAAGGUCAGAAUCUAGAAUUGUGUGACUUUUCUUACAUUGAUAAUACCCCUAGAAAUAAUCCAGUGCCGUUGGGGGUUUAUAUCUCCAUCUUUUUUUAUGUGCUGCAGGUUUCCGUCCCAGUAGUCGUAGCUCUCUCCGCUCCAGUUCCCCACGCCCAUACACAGCUUCUACUAGCCUCUCCAACUACUAAUUGUGUGCUGUGUGCAUAGCCUAAAAAUUACCAGAUGAUGAAUAAGGAAAAUUUGGAAGACGUCUUUUGAAGAAUUUUGAAGUUUUUGGUGUAAGGUUGUGGUUUUUUGGAACACUAUUUUGAUGAAAUAGAAAGACUGCAAAUCAAUGUGGACAAUAGAGAGGAAUGAUUUUUUGCAUAAAUUGUGAAGACUUUGAAGAUUAGACUUUGGAGCAGUAUUUUCAUACAUUUUAAGGACUGAAGAUUUCUUGUCUUCUUUGAAAAUUAACAGCUUGUUAUAUACCACACAAUAUAUAUUUUUGAUUAAGAUGAGAAGGGUGAAUGUCAAUAUUAAUCCUGAUAUGGACAAUUUCUUUGUAAUGGCUCUAUUGUCACAGUGGUAAAUUUAUCAGUAUCCACCUAUGCAGAUUACAAUUUAGUAUCACAUUUAAACAAGGGUAUACUAGAACUUUCUUUUGGUAUUUGUUGUGUUUGGUUUGGUGAUUUAUUUAAUAGGAUAUUUAGUAAGACAGCGCAACAUGCACACAUGAUAUUAGGCAUGUGCUAUCUUCACUGUAAAAGAAAUUUUACAUUGCAGUGUAAUAAAUCUUGUUUACCAUGUAGCAUUGAAAUUCAUUGAUAUAAUAAUCAACAUAAAUUUAGAGACCAAUGAACACAAGGUAUUUGCCAAAGUAUAGACUAUGCAGUAUCCUUAUUGAUUGCUGUAUAAUAGCUUUCUGACUAUUGUUCCGUCCUUCUGACUCUGUCCUGUACAAAUAUAAGAACAGGAUAGGCAAGAUUUUGUAGCUUUGUGACAAUUAUUCUAUCUUCAUAUAUAUUCUUGUUCAAGAGCUUAAGCAAACACUGUAUAUUUACUUUUUUGUCAGAUAGUUAUAGAUAUCAUGUAUCAAUUCUUCAGUAUUAAAGUUUAAAUUUGUUACAUUUACUUCUUAUUAUGACUCAAGACUCUUGAAAAAAGUUGAAUGCAGUGGCAUCAAUUAAGAUAUUAUAAUUGUUUGAAUAUUUCUCUGUGUUUCUUUUUCAACAUAUUAAAAGUUGACUUAUUUACACAAAGAAAGAAAUUGAGAAACAUUUUCAAUGCAGCUUUAAGGUCAGCAGUGUCCUUAUUUUUAUUUGGAUGGGGUAAAUUGAUCAAUUUUGGUUUUAUUAUAUGAUGUAAUGUCUCAAAAAUGUAUUCUUGAAAGAUACCAGUGCAUCAGAAGUAUUAAUUAAGAUUAAUAUCAGUUUCUCAGGUGAUUUAGAGUUGUUUGUUGCUUUAAUUAUUUUAAUAUGCUUCAUAUUUUGCUUAAAUCACUGAGUGAUAAUCAGGCUCUUAUAAGCUUUAUUAAAGCUUUUGGCAACAUUUUGAUUGUUUUUAUUGAUUCUAGAAAAAAAAUAUAUAUUGCAUAAAUGUAUCACAAUUUAUCGUCUUUCUGUAAAAGAUUUCUUUAUUAGAGAUUUAAGAUUUAUAUUUUGAUAUUUACACCAGAUAUUUAGUGCAUAUUUGUAUUUAUUGAUCACUGUAUAAUACUAUUUUAUUUGAUUUUAAUCACCUAUUGUAAAUUGUAUGUAUCUAAUAGUUGAUUUGUGUGUAGUUUGCAUGAAUCUCAAUAAAAUUGCUUUCAUUUUCUUUCCUUGGUCUUAGGCUUUGUUUAGGACACAUGAAUUAUAUUAAAAAAAAUGGACUGUAAUUAUGUUACAAGAGUAAAUCAGUUUUGACACACAUAUGAAUA